AUGAUUCCAAAACCUGGGAACUAUUUCUUCUUACUACCCAUAAUAGCCUUCAUCCCCUGGUGGGGGAUGCUGAUUGCUAUGCUGGCAUGUUGGGCAGGACAAGGACAUCCAGUUUAUCAUUUCAUGGACCCUGAACAACAUACUGUUUACAUUUCAGAUGUGGGUGCCACGAACUUAAAUCCACUUUUCAUCUCAUGUGCAGGUUGGCAAGGUCUAUUCUACGUUUUAACCAUCGCGUGUGAGUUUUUCCAGAGAUCAGGUUAUUGGCCAUUUAAAUUGAGAUCAAACUAUAGAACUGCUGCAGAUGAAGGUCAUGAAUUCGAUCCAACAUACGACUCAAUGAAGAAUGAAUACAGUUCGAUGGUUCUAUCAUCUAAAUUUUUAAUGCCACCAUGGUACAGCGUUCUUGAAAGGAAUUUGAUCUUUGCAUCAUUUGCAGCAGGUCUAGUUGGUGAACUCGGUAUAUUAUUUUGUUCCAUUUUCACUACUUCCAAGUAUCCAAGUGUUCACACAACAAUGGUUUCAAUCUUCGUUGGAUUCAUGUGCGUUUCCAUUGUUUGUAACAUUGGUGAGUAUUUGUCCAUGGGUAAACAUUACGCUUUAUUACAUCCGCUAGCGGCUCAAAACCAAGUUGAGGGACUGGAAAAGAUAACUUAUAGCGAUUUAAAAUGGUUUCAAUGGAAAGGUUACAUUUGGAAUAAAUUCACCAUGUCAGGAAUAGCCAAGGUAACUUGGUUAUUUUGGGCUGCAGUCUUUGCCAUUUGUUUUGGUGCAAUUUCAGAUAACUCGAUUAGUGCCAUCUUUGAAUGGUUAUUAGCAUUCUGGUUCGGUAUUUGGUUUCUUAUCUUAGCGUUCGACUUUUACGCAGGGAGUAGAUAUAAGCAGUCACGCUACUUCCAUCAAAUACGGUCAUUUGCAGGUUACUACAAAUAUGAUAGGCAAAAUGGUUCGGCCCAGUUCUCUCACAUCGUAGAUCCUGUUGAUGAUGAAAUGGUAGUCGGUGAUUUGGAUUCUAGGCACUAUGUUCCAUCCGAAGAAUACUCCCGCUAA